AUGAGCUACUACGGCCAGCAGCAGCCGCCCGUCGGCGUGCCGCCGCCGCAAGGUUAUCCCGGGAAGGACGCGUACCCGCCGCCGGGCUACCCGCCCGCGGGAUACCCUCCGCCGGCGCAGGGCUACCCACCGCAGGGGUACCCGCCGCAGCAGGGGUACCCGCAGCAGGGUUACCCGCCGCCGUACGCGCAGCAGCCGCCCCGCCCGCAGCAGAGCAGCGGGCCCUCCUUCAUGGAGGGAUGGCUUGUAUUCCGUGUUGUCUAUUGCUUUCGUGCCUUGCAUUUGUCGCUCGAGGCUAACCGCGCUCUCGGAAAAGCCAAUGGAAUCAAGGGAUUAUGCUUCACUGUCUUCGAUUUCUUUUUCUUGUCUGACCUGUUCUGCCAACCGAGACAUCUUUGGGUGAUACACCGUGGGAGGGACUCAUGA